GGCUGGAAGCUAUAAAACACGCCCCCUCCCUCGGAACACGGCCUCUCUCGGAGCAAGUGAAUAGGACUGAAGCGAGAGGGAGGGCUGUGAUACACUCCGGCCUCUGGAGCCACAGGGGUCCCGCCACAAGAUAGCGAUCAGGAGGACCGGAGACGAGCCCGCGUGCAGUGCAGACCUUGGCUUUUCUCCUUGCUCGCUAGGGGGCGGAAGGGAUACUCUCGGACCUGCGGGUCCCCUCUAGCUCUCCCCACAGCUCUCUGUCCCCUCUGUCUCUGAGUCCUGCGCGCCUGGGCCACGUGACAGGGGCUCCUGGAAGCCGCUGCCAGGCAGAGGCUCGAGGGACGCGGCGCAAGCGCAGAAGCUGCCUCGCCGUUGCCCCGGCGCCGCUGCCGCUGCAGCCGCCGCCUGCUUCGCCUCGUCGGCUGCGCUCGGGGCGUCGUCUCCUCCUCCCGGCGCCUGGGCUGGGAGCCGGGUCAUGUCCCGAAAGCAGGCGGUGAAGAGCCGGCCGGGCAGCGGCCGGAAGGCCGAGGCGGAGCGGAAGCGGGACGAGCGCGCGGCUCGGAGAGCCCUGGCCAAGGAGCGGCGGAAUCGGACGGAGCCCGGCGCCGGCGGCGAGGAGGAGUUUGUCAGCUUCGCCAACCAGCUGCAGGCCCUGGGGCUCAAGCUGCGCGAGGUGCCGGGCGACGGCAAUUGUCUAUUCCGAGCUCUUGGUGAUCAGUUGGAGGGACAUUCACGAAAUCAUCUCAAACACAGACAGGAGACUGUUGAUUAUAUGAUAAGACAGCGGGAUGACUUUGAACCCUUUGUGGAGGAUGAUAUUCCCUUUGAAAAACAUGUUGCUAGUUUGGCAAAACCUGGUACUUUUGCUGGAAAUGAUGCAAUUGUAGCCUUUGCAAGAAAUCAUCAAAUGAAUGUUGUUAUUCAUCAGUUAAAUGCCCCUUUGUGGCAGAUUCGUGGUACAGACAAGGCCAAUGUCAGGGAGCUGCACAUUGCGUAUCGGUAUGGCGAGCACUAUGACAGCGUUCGGAGAAUCAACGAUAAUUCAGAAGCACCUGCCCAUCUUCAGACAGACUUUCAGAUGCUUAAUAAAGAUGAAUCAAAUAAGAGAGAGAAGAUAAAGCCAAAGGAGGAUGACUUUGAAGAUGACUUGAAAGAUGAAGUAGAAGAUGCUGUUCAGAAAGUUUGUAAUGCAACUGGAUGUUCAGAUGUUAAUUUAAUAGUCCAGAACCUGGAAGCUGAGAAUUAUAAUAUUGAAUCUGCAAUACUUGCGAUGGUACAGAUGAACCAAGGGAAAAGAAACCCACAAUACUUUUCUUUGGAUGAAGCAGAGGAGAAACCGGAGAUCUAUGGCAAAACUCAGAAACAACGUGGCUCCAUAUGGGAGGAGGAUGGCAGUGGAAACAGAAUCUUUGGAAAUCAAGGCCUAAGUGAAAGUGGAAAUGAAAACAAUAAAACACAAACCAGUCCUGUUGGAGAAAACAAAACAAAUAAAACCCAGACUCUAAAGGUAACAAAUAAACAAAAGAGAGAGCAGCAGCGUUUGGAGAAGAAGAAGCGCCAGGAAGAACGACACCGUCAGAAAGCGCAGGAGAACAGGAGUAAUAACACUGAUAACAAUCGCAGCGAGACAGAUGCUAGUGCGCAGGUCACCUUGCUGACAGAGGAGAGUGGGCCCCAUCAGAAAGAACAAGAAGAAAGACCUGAACAUGAAAUUCAGCAGAAUUUUUAAUCAGAGGUAACUGAAGGGACCCAUUGUAAGAAAUAUUGGAGGAAACUACCUCUUUGCUUCAUUGGUCACUGUUAGUGGUCAAGAGGAGCAUAUCUAUUUUUAGGAAUUUGGGAGGCACUAUAAAGAUUAAAGGACAUUUAUUUUGUCAUAUCUUGUUUCUAGGAUUGGGUAAUUUAUAAUCCACAAAUUUUGGGGGAUUAAGUGACAGUGACUAUGUUCAUCAACUAGUUGCUUAAAUGAUUUGUUUUAUUAUAUUUUUUCUCAUGUCUUCCAUUGUAAAUUGAUACUGUUUUAAGUGCUAAUUUGUAGGAAUUGGGGAUAUGAAUUUUUAUCUUAGUAGACAUCUUUUAGCUUAACAUUUAAGAAUUUAUUGCCUCAAUUCCCCAUAUAGCAGGAUAAAUGGAAUCUAUGUAUGUACCUUGAUAUUAGGAUACAGCCAAGAUUUGGGAAGCUGUUUUUAAUAUUUGAUAAGAACACUUAUUGGUGGCUGCUAGCUUGGGGAUUGAUUCUUUCCUUAAUUUUUAUGUCAUUGAGUGAUUAUUUAGUGUUAAGUGAAGUUGAACCCUGAAGAGAAAAGUAGGGAGCACUCAAAAGUUCUGUGGUAAUUUAAUUUGUCACACUACAUUUAUAAAAGUUUUAAAAGAAUUUUUCAUUUUAGGGUGGGAGGGGAAAAACCUCAUUGGUGGCAGCUGAAAUAGAGAGAAAUGUAUAAGCCAGUCAAUUAUAUUUAAUACCCUUAGAAGCCACUAGAAUAGAUUGUGUGUGUGUGUGUGUGUGUGUGUGUGUGUGUGUGUAAUAAGCUUAAUAUUUCUUUUGACAAACUGAAUCUAUGCUUUCAGGUAUGAUCUCUGGGUGAGGAAGUUGUGGCAAAAAGAAAACUCUUAACUGCUAGUUGAGGACCAUCUAGAGUUUCUUCCAUAAGCACAGAAAACAUUUCCAUAGCAUCAAGGGUUUGCACUGUGUGACCUCUCCUGUGGAGCAGCUAGACCUGGGCUCAGGAGAAGCCGGAAUGUAGGUAAUUUCUAAUCCUCUGCUAAUGCUACUCUAGGGAAGCCUUUGUCUAUGAAAGUACAAUUGAAGAGGGGAAAUCUUUCUUGGAGCUUAUUGUGAAUGAGUUAAAUGGGCUGUGUUGCUAUCUUGGGCAUUCAGCAAGCCCCCAUUGUAAAUAUACCCUAACAUCCCUUUUCAGCUAAAAUGGCAGAUCUUGAUUCCAUUGCUAUAGUUUUUCUAGUUUAGGGAAACAUUCCUAGCCCUUGCCUGGCUUUUCUUGGAUCAGCAGCUGUGAUCUCAGUUCACAUUCCUGAAAUGAUAAAUUCUAAUGAAACAGGAAGUAAAAAAGUACAAGUGUGAGUUCUGGGGCACAAGCAACCUCAGAAAGGCAUGCUUGCCCGUUAGAUUCUUUAGAGUACAAUUCAUUGCAUAUAUGUUCUUAGGUCUUCCUCAUUUUUUGGAGUAGAAGUACGGGUGUGCACAUUUUGGCCUCAGGACAUUACUCAUCUCAAUGAUUUUAACUACAGAAACUAUAUAAUUUGCCUGGAUAUUGUUGGUCUUAGUUAUUUCCUAGAGUUAUUGAUCUCAUAAUAGGCACAUUUAAAAUCGGAGAGCUUUAUACAGUUAUACUGACAUUGUAUCAUUGAUUAGUAGACAUCACUUUUUAGAGAUGUCUUCUGACAAAAUUAAAAAUUUUUUUUGAAUUGACUAUUCUAAAAUUUUUGUCCCUAAGUUGUGAUAAUAAUAACUCACAUUUACAUAAUGUUUUAACAGAGUACUUUUCCCACAAUGAACCUCGUGAAAUUGGUUUUGCAAGUGUUAUCCCCAUUUUACAAAGGAGGAACCUGAGGCUUAGAAAAGUGAAGUGGCUUCCUCAUAGUCACAUAGCUAAUAAUUGUCAGAGAUAGGAUUUGAACCCAGGUCUGUUGACUCCCAAACCAGCACUUUUUCUACAACACCAUGUUGCCUAAAGCUGAAAAUGAUCAGAAUCCCUUUAAAAUCAUAUGUUUAGAUGAAAGAUGGACAUUUUCUGAGAAGAGAUAAUAAUGAAAAUAAGUCACAAAGUGCAAAUACUGUUCUCUAUCUCAAAAUGUAUAUCUUGAGAAUAGAAUCAUUUGAGAGAUACAUGCCUUGUCUGUUUCCUGGAUGUUUCUGUUUAGAUAUUUAGUAGUGUGGGUACCAAUUUUUGAAAUUUACCUCCACAAGCGUAGAUUUCUAUACAGUAAAUUCCUUUUAAGUCAGAUUACAUCAGUGAUGCAGAUCCUCUUCCUUCUCUUCCUCGCUCCCCCCACCAGCUUUUCCCUUCUCCCAUACUCCUGUUACCUGAGUCUUUUUCAGGGUUGGUAGGAGUGGAAGGUUAUUUACUAUUUAAUGAUGAUUCUGUGGUUCAUAGGAAGUGGAUUGGCAUUAGCCAGUUCUUAUUAGGGAACAUCUGAAAAAUUAUUUGUACUAUUUCCUUACAAUGAUUUGAACUUGGAUAUGGAGACCGAACUACUGUUUGUUACUCUUGCUGCUCCCUUUAUUAGAGCUCCUGACAUGGAAGUGUUUGGGUAGAACCUCAUAUUGUUCUGUCCUUACUUCUCCAUUUUAUGUGGAUUAAAGGGCACCUGGUUUCCCUGGCUAUUAAUCUGGUACACUUUAGCAGCCAUAUAUUCACAUAAAAGAAAAAAGAGGUGAGUUAUCAUCUCAAGCCUGCCUGCCUGCCCUUGGGUCUGCAGCUAUUGGCACUAUUGUACCAACAUGCCGUUUUAUGAAGGGUAUGAAUGUGUUGAUGUAUGAGGGGCCUUCUCUUUUUUUCAGAUUGCACUACACUUGUUCUAGCUUCAGUUUGGAGAUAUUUAAGACCUCCAUGGGGUCAUGAUCCAUAGACUUAGCAAGUCUUGUCUUAUCUAUGGAAAUUGGUGAUGAGAAAUGUGUCCUAAGUCUAAUGUCUGUAGUUUACACCCCAGGUGUUUUUUUUUUUUUGUUUUUUUUUUUUUAAUUCUGUCGAUCUUAUUUUUGAUUUACCAAAGUACUGUAUUUGGCUAUUUGCAGUGUUUUCAAACCAAAUGUUUCUGUUUUGUGUUCUUAAUUUUAAAUUCUUGGUGCAAUAGAAGCUGCAAAGAUGUGCCACUUUAUCUAUGAAAAUGGAGUUUUGUAUUCUGAUGAAAUCUAGAUUAAAAACCAACUUUAAAGUUGUUUUACCAAUGUGUGACGACAUUUUGUGAGUGAAUGAGACUGAGAAUGGCUGGUGUAUGUUGUCAAUACUCUUGGUUUUCUUUUCUUUUUAAAAAAAAUACAUUUUAAUCACCUAUAUUUCCCAAUAUGUCGCUUCUCCAUUCACAUGCAGAGGCUCAUUCCCUGUAACAAAUAAGAAAAACAAAAACAAAAAGAAUUGCAGCAAAACCAACUAGUGUAUACAAAACAUAUAUGACUUUCUCUUUAGCAUUCUGUACACCCGAUCUCUGUAAAGAAUACUGCUAAAACCUAGCCAAGUUAUAUGUGGAAAAUGGGGGAAUAUGCCAGAUACUUUUGGGGUCCAACUCUAUAUCCAUUUGGGGAAUGUACUUGAAACAACUUUUAACCUGGCCUGAAAUAUUCGGUUGUAAUAUUCAGAUGACUUUCCUUCCUCCUUCCAAAUAAUUCUUAAGUUACAAUAGUGUUGCCAGUAAGUAUGCAAAUGUCCUUAUAUGGUCAAGAGCACAGAGUUUUAUUACAUGUUCAUCACCUUUAGGUCUGACUAAUUUAUGGUGCUGCCAAAGAUUAGUAUUGAAAUGGAAACAAAAUGGACUACCUAUAACUCUCUCUUUAAACUACUUAUGGGGAAAAAACAAACAAACCUCUUAACAGGUGAAAAUUCCAGUAUGAAGUUGUCCCUUUAUAGGAGCAAGUAGGAGCUAGUACCCCUAACUUUUCUUUUUCACUUUUAUUUAGUUAGUUAUAUGGUAAAUUCUUAUACAAAUGAAAACAAUUUUUGUAUUUUGGGGAAUCUGGUUACUUCAUUGUGGUUCUUUCCUCCUCUGAUGCAGAUCAAAGCUUCUUCAGUAUCUUUUUUAUCCUGUGCUAUUCUAAUUACUAUAUUAUUUAAAUCAUCUAUAAAGGGUUUAUUGAAUGUACCAGUAGUUUUCUUUUUGUUCUCUUAAAAUUUUAUAGAAUUAGUGUAUUGUUUUAUCUGUCAAUCUGUUUCAUUCUUGUUAUUGUGAACAUUCUAAAUCAUCUCUUUUGAUCAUGUAUGCCCUUUAUAAUAUCAUAACUUUUCUCAUAUAUAAGCCCUCAUUAGUAACAUGCUAGUUGUUUAAUAAUCAUCAUUAAUCUUUCCAUUGUGUUUUGGGUUGUCAUUUUAAUUUUUUGGAGAUCAUGCUAUUUCAUGAUUUGUCACUGUAUAAUAAUCAUUGAAAGCCAGUGGAAAAAAAGUACCACUGGUGCUACAGAAGGGCUUUUUGUACCACCGAUAGUUUGGGAUCCUUGAAAGCACUGCAUGGUUUCCUAGAUACCAUCAAUUUCUAUCUUCUCCCUGAUUUUGGAUCCAGUUCACUGUACAUCUGUAACACCUAAGAUACAUACAUUGAAGAACUAAUUCGAUGGGUGCCUGUCAAGCUACAUGUCACAACUUGGACAAGUUGUUUUUUAUUAAGUUUUUUUUUUUUUUUUUUUUUUUGGUGUUGUUUAAUUAACCUCUUUAAUAUGGACUUUUAAGCACUGAUCAGGCUUGAAUUAAUUAAAAUACUGUGUAAUCUGUAAAUAGUAUUUGGAUUAACAUUUCUAUCAGUUGGGAAUCAUUUUAUUUGAAUUUUAUGCAGAUCCAUCACCAUCUUUCCUGGUUAAAACCUUUUGUAGCUUUAGCUCUUUCAGGAAGUUUAUCUUUUAGAAGGUCCUGUAGGAGGUAGGAGUCUUUACAGAUGCUAUAGAUGUUCCUGUUUGCAAAUGAUAUUAUUCUGACUUAAUCAAACCCCAGACUAUUACAGGGCCAUUUAGUGAAUUCCAUAAUUGUCCAUAGAUAUUGCUAGAAAGGAUCAUAGCUCUAGAGCUGAGAUAUAUUUCAAGACCAUCUCAUUCACUGCCUUUGUUUUUACAAAGGAGAAAACUGAGUACCAGGGAAGUUUAGGUAGUUUGCCCAGGAUCGUACAGAUGAUGUGCUAUUUGAACCAAGAGCUACUAUUUUUCCAGUGUGCCCUGCUACUCCCCUGAGAGGUCACCUUAACACCUCAGAAGAGGCUAAAUGUAUGAAAAAUUCCUAUUCAUACUCUGAUAUGGAGUUGAAUGGCCAGUCCAUUUAGUACAUGAAUUCCUAUAUUUGGAAUAGAGACUAUGGAUAGACAAUGAGUCUGGUCCAGAACUGAAGGGAGAAUGCUGAUGGUGGUUUGGAUUUGGGAUAAGGAUUAGAAGUUAUUUGUUUCCAGUGGCACAAGAUGUUACAUAGACCCAUCUUAUGUAAUGUGAUUUAAAAGUAUAGUAUAAUGGAGAUAUCACUGAAUGCUAUUAGCAAAGAAAGAGGGCCAGUCCUAUAGCAAAAGCAAAGAUUAAUGGGUGACUAGGGGAUUACUUUGGUACCCAAAAAGUAUUAAAAAAAAUCCAAAGGGAUCUAGGGUGUUGUGUAAACUUCUGUGGAGAGGUAUGAACAAGAAUUACACAGGAAGAGGAGAUAUAGAUGGAUUUCUCAUGCUUAGAAUGUUCUGACUCGAUCCUAUUCUUUUUCAAGACUCAGUUCAAAUAUUACCUUUUGCCAGAGGUCUUUCCCAGUUCUACUUGUCAGAACCUUCCUUUCUAAGGUUAUAUUUACUUUUGUUUAUUCUUUGUGUCCUGUAUAUACCUCUGCUAUAAAUGUUUUUUCCCUCAUUUGAAUGCCAGCUUUUUGAGAGACUCUUUGCCGUGUGUGUGUGUGUGUGUGUGUGUGUGUGUGUGGUAAACAGUACUUGACACAGUACUGCGUAUGCUAAAUGCUUAAUAAAAGCUUGUUGGUUGAUUGGUAACAACAGAGACAGAAUUAUUUAAGAAUAUGUAUAAACUUUUACUAUUCUUGCUGCAAUGAGAUGUAUCUCAUUCAUUAUUGUAUACUCCACUGUACUGGGGCAAAAGGCAUCUUUCAGUUCACAUCAAUGAAAGUCACCUAAUUCACUUUGGAGACCCCCAAUUAAUGGAGAACUAACUGUUUUCACAGCAGUCCAUUCUACAUUUAGACAGCUCUCAUUGCUUGACCAGCUUUAAUUACUCUUAGCUCAAAUUGAAAUCUUCCCUUUUAUAAUUUCCCUCACUUCUAGUUGCUGUUUGAAUAUUUAGGGAUCACACAAAGCAAAGUAUUUUUCAUAUUCAGCCCUUAAAAUUUCUUACUAUUCUCAUGUUUUAUUUUGUCUAUCAUUUGAGGUUCUUCCUGUUGAUCUUUCUCACAGGCUUCCCAACCUUACAAGUUGGAAUAUAGCCCUGGCUAUAUUCCAGCUUGUCAGCCUCUUUCCUGAAAUAUUCCCCUUUGUCCUAGAUGCUGCCUUUAAUAAUAGCACCUGAGAAGCUAUCCUUUUUGGACUGUCAUAUUCUAAAUUUUGUAGGACCUGAGAAAUAAACAUGGAAGAGAUCAUUUGGUCCAUGUUUUUCAUUUGACAGAUAAGGAAAAUUGGGAUAGGGGUAGAAGUACAAAGGAAAUUUGGGGAGGUAGUAGAGGAAAAAGUUCAGGACUGUUCCUGAUGGAAGAGUAUCAUGUUGGAAGUUCAUUCAGCCACUUCUCUCAUCUUGUGUCUGUGAAGUUGAUUUUUCACUCCAAAGCAUAGAACUGUACAUUUGUCUCUAUUAAAGUGUCAUUCUUUUAGCCUGUUGAGAUUUUUCAGAUUUUAAUUCAGUUGGCCAACUUCUUCAUUACUUUGUUUGGGUAAAACACUGUAUAGAGUCUGGGAGAGUAGCAUAGAGGGUAGUUAUAAAUUCCUAUCUUUUUUUUAAAAUAGCUUUUAAUUUACAAGAUAUAUAC